GAUCUGAGCUUCAGAAUGGAACCAGAACGACCAUACUGUGAAAAAUUUAAUAUGGAAGGCUUCCAGCAUGCACAGACCAUGGCUUUCGCAAUAGAUGAGAUCAAUAAUAAUCCCAACCUACUGCCUAACAUCACUCUUGGAUACCAUCUUUAUGACAACUGUGUGAUGCUAGGAAUGGCGUUCCGGGCUGCCAUGUCCCUAAGUAGUGGAACAGAGGAGUCCUUCUCCAACCUCAACUGCACUGGCCCUCCUCCGGUGAUUGGUAUUGUGGGGGAUGCAAGUUCAACUCCUUCCAUUGCGAUUUCCAGUGUUCUGGGUCUGUUCCGAGUACCUAUAGUUAGUCACUAUGCCACCUGCUCCUGUUUGAGUGACAGGAAAAAGUACCCCUCUUUCUUCAGAACAAUCCCCAGUGAUGCCUUCCAAGUGCGGGCUAUGGUUCAAAUCUUAAAGCAUUUUGAUUGGACCUGGGUUGGUCUCCUCUACAGUGAUGAUGACUACGGCAUCUAUGCUGCUCAGUUGUUCCAGCAGGAAAUGCAGCUGUUUGGACAUUGUGUUGCCUUUUCUGAAAUCCUGCCCAAUGAUCACAACCCUAGAGAUAUUCAGCGUAUAACAGGAUUGAUUCAGGCCUCUACAGCUAGAGUGGUGGUUGUUUUUGCCCUUUCAUCCUAUCUGCUGCCUUUGAUGGAUGAGGUGGUGUUGCAGAACAUGACAGGCAGGCAAUGGAUUGCAAGUGAAGCUUGGGCCACUUCUCUUGAAUACCACACUCCACGUUUCCUGCCCUUCCUGGGGGGCACACUGGGCAUUGCUAUUAGGCGUGGAGAAAUUCAGGGGCUUCAUGACUUCUUGCUACAUUUUCAUCCCAGCAAUGAUCCAAGAAAUAAUAUGUUGAGAAUCUUCUGGGAGAAUAUGUUUGAGUGCAGUUUUGAAACUGGGGAUAGCAAGUCAGAUGGAGAGCAUUUGAAAAAGGUGUGUACAGGAAAAGAGGAACUGAGCAACACAAACACAACAUACACUGAUGUUUCUGAGUUGAGAGCAUCUUAUAAUGUCUAUAAGGCAGUUUAUGCCCUGGCACAUGCACUUCAUGACCUGAUGCAGUGUGAGGAGGGAAGAGGACCAUUUAGUGGAAACAAAUGUGCUGACAUAAUUAACCUGAAACCUUGGCAGUUGGUUCACUACCUACAGAAAGUAAACUUCACCACAGGAUUUGGGGAUCAUGUGUCAUUUGAUAAGAAUGGAGAUGCUCUGGCCAUCUAUGAUGUACUGAACUGGCAGCCGAGCUCCGAUGGGUCAAUAGCAGUCCACAGGGUCGGUGUAGUAAAUGAAGGGGUGGCAACAGGGAUGCCCCCACGGUCUGUGUGCAGUGAGAGCUGCCCCCCAGGCACCAGACGAGCCACAAGGAAGGGCCUUCCUGUCUGCUGUUUUGACUGCCUACCAUGUGGAGAUGGAGAAAUUUCUAAUAGUACAGAUGCCAUUGAGUGCAAAGUGUGUCCAGAAGACUUCUGGUCAAAUCCAGAUAAGGAUCAGUGUGUCCCCAAAGAAGUAGAGUUUUUAUCAUAUGAGGAACCUCUAGGAAUUUCUCUGACAACUGCCUCCCUGCUUGGCGCCUGCUUCUGUGCUCUUGUGAUGGUUAUUUUCGCUUUUCAUCAUAACACUCCCAUAGUACGAGCCAACAAUUCAGAGCUCAGCUUCCUACUGCUGUUGUCACUCAAACUGUGUUUCCUUUGUGUGCUGCUGUUCAUUGGAAGGCCAGAGUUGUGGACGUGUCAGUUAAGACAUGCUGUAUUUGGCAUAAGCUUUGUCCUGUGUGUCUCCAGUAUCCUGGUCAAGACUAUGGUGGUAAUAGCCGUAUUCAAGUCAUCUCGACCAGAGGGCAAAGGAGCAAUGAAAUGGUUUGGAGCAAUUCAACAAAGAUGCACAGUUCUUUUCCUAACAGCUCUUCAGGUUGUGAUAUGUGCAAUCUGGCUAUCAACUGCCUCUCCAACACCCCAUAAAAACAACCAGUAUACUCGCUCUAAAAUAGUUUAUGAAUGUGCUAUAGGCUCAGUGGCUGGUUUUUCUAUGCUGCUGGGAUACAUUGGACUACUGGCUGCAAUAAGCUUUCUGUUAGCCUUCCUGGCGAGGAAUCUACCAGAUAAUUUUAAUGAAGCAAAGUUUAUCACUUUUAGCAUGUUGAUCUUCUGUGCUGUGUGGAUUGCAUUUGUUCCAGCAUAUGUGAGCUCACCAGGGAAAUAUGCAGUGGCUGUAGAGAUAUUUGCAAUUUUAGCUUCUAGUUUUGGAUUAUUGGUGGCCAUAUUUGCCCCAAAGUGCUACAUCAUCCUUUUACAUCCAGAGAGAAACACUAAAAAUGCCAUAAUGGGAAGAGAGACACAAAAGAAAUAGUCUUACAUUGCAGCAAUGCAAAAAUGUAACAUGUAAAUCUUAUA